AGUUCCAAUUUACAUUGUGUUCUCGUAAUAAAUAUUAUUUUUAAUUAAAGGGCUUUUUAAAAACACCCUUUUCCAGGGAAAACCCUUAAUUUGCUUAACACGAGAGCUGAAAUUUUCAGGGAUUGUUUGUUUCAAAUUCCUUUUUGCAAAUUCCGCAAAAAAAAAUCCAUUUUCCUUUGCUACUUGAAUCUAACACAUUUGAUCAUUUAUUGCUUUUAUUUUAGAUAUCUUUCAGAGGGGGAACUGAAAAUCCCACCAAUGGAAAAGCUUUAGCAAAGCACAAACUCAACAAAGUCUUUGAUGACGACAACGAUUACUUUAAAGUCAACGCUAGAGAAGCUAAUGAAGAUAAACGAAAAAUCGUCGUUGCUUUGGAUUUUGCUAGCAGAAAAGUAAUCGAAAGUACCCAAGAAGACGAAAGACUAAAAAACUUAUUCUUAAAAGCUUCAAUCCAACAUAUGAAGAAAGUGGAAGCCCUUCAUAAGAACUUGCAAAAAGAAAGCGAAUUGAAAUCCAGUGCAUCAGUUCUAGCUCAAAAAAAUAAAUCUAACAACGAACUGGCAGAGCUAUUGGUACAAAUGCGGCACAAAAAACCCAAAGAAAAGGAAGACUUAGGAGAAGAAGACGAGAAGAUGCCAAUAAUAAAGUACAACACUAAAAUGUUGGACGAAGUUGCUCCAUUUACCGACCAAGGGCUUUGUUUGAGCAUGCACCAGCCUUAUGCUAGCUUAUUGGUUGCUGGAGUAAAAAUGGAUGAAGGUAGAGUUUGGCCAACAACUCACAGAGGUCGGUUAUGGAUAGCUGCAGCUGCAAAAGAGCCAGACGAAGAGGAAGUUUUAGCUUUGGAGAAUUAUUACAGGGAAUUUUAUAAAGAUGAUAUGUUGAAAUUUCCAAAAGAAUAUCCUACUGGUUGCCUACUGGGAUGUGUGACUGUUGAAGAUUGUUUGGAUCAGGAAGCUUAUAAGGAAACAUAUGGAAGGGAAGCUAGUAGUCCUUAUAUGCUUGUGUGCAGUAAUCCUAUUAUUUUGCCUGUGUUUUAUCCCAUUAGUGGCAAAAAUAAAAUUUAUCCACUCGAUAAGGAGAUACACAAGUAUGCCAAAAUCGCUUUACAAUACAGCCAAUAUUAGGAAGAAAAAUAAAUUAUUCGAUAUUCUAUACAGCUAUUUAUUGUUUUAUUUAAAUAAUAAUCACAUUUUUCAUAAGUAAUACUUAAGUAGAAAACAAUUCAACAAGAAUAUGUAUUUUUCAAUUAUUAUUGAUAAAAUUUACAAAUAUUGUUUUCACUAUAGGCUUGAUAAAUUUACCUAAUAAAUAAAUAUAAACUAUAUAAUUAAUAAGUACUUGUAGUUAUCAUAAUUUAAAAACAAUUCAAUUAUUGCAAAAGCACAUUUAAAGCGACAAUUCAAAUGCAUUAUAUUUAGGUAGUAAAAUGGGGUAGAAAAUUCACUAAAUUGAGAACAAAAAUUUCCAUUUUGAGGAUCACAGCAUUUGGAAAAAGGGGGUAUUUUUAUUUUUCAUAUACAGUUUGUCCAACAGAUUGUAUACAAAAAUACUCAUUGGCAGUAUUGAAUAUUAGAUCAUUUAAUUUAUUGUCUUUUUAACUUAAUUAUUUAUUACAUUGG